AUGUACGACGUAAUCGUCAUCGGCGCCGGCUUCAGCGGCCUCCAAGCGGCCUACUCCGCCCAGCAAGCCGGACUCUCAGUCCUCGUUCUCGAAGCCCGCGACCGUGUCGGCGGUAAAGUGUGGAGUGUGCCGCUGGCCUCCGGACGGGGCUGCGUCGAGCUCGGCGCCGCCUGGAUCAACGACACCCUACAGCCGCGGGUGUGGGCGUAUGCGCAGCGGUUCGGGAUGAAGGUCGUCCAGCAGCGGCUGGCGGGCCAGGCGGUGAUGGAGCCGAGCGGGGAGGAGCGGUUUGUGUUUCCGUUUGGCGUGACGCCGGAGUUCAGCGAGGAAGAGAAGAAGAGCCUGGAGUAUGUCCGCGACCACAUUCAGGCCGAAUCGCUCAAACCGGGGCCCGUCUCCGCCGAGGACGACAGCAUCACUUUGGAGGAGUACGUGCGCAAGCUCGGGGCGCUGCCCAAGGUGGUCCAGAUGAUCAACCUGUGGGCGCAGGUGAUGCACGGGGUGGAGGCCAGCGAGGAGUCGGCGGGGUGGUUCAUUGAUUACUGUCGUCGGAACCGGGGACUGUUGGCGGUCCGCGCGGACGAUGCCUCGGGCGGACAGUAUUUGCGCUUUCAGGAUGGCGCCCAAACAAUCGCCACCCGCCUGGCAGCCCUAAUCGGCCACCCAAACAUCCACCUCUCGACCCCCGUCCAGGCCAUCCACGACCACGCCUCCCACGUCACCGUCACCACAUCCAACAACAAAGCCUACACGGCCCGCAAGCUCAUCCUCUCCCUCCCCAGCACCAUGUACAAAGAACUCACGAUCACGCCCCCGCUACCCCCCGCCGUCCGCACCGUCACCGACGCCACCAAACUCGGCGACUACAACAAGGCCAUCAUCUGCUACGACACGCCCUGGUGGCGCGCCCAGCACUUCAACGGGUAUUUCGCCAGCUACGCGGGGCCCGUCAUUUUGGCGAGGGACACCUCCGUCGACGAGAAGCGGCACUUCUCGCUGACGUGCUUCGUGAACGGGGCCCCGGGGAGGCAGUGGAGCCGGCUGCUGCCGCACGAGCGGCGGGCGGCGGUGCUGAAGCAGCUGGCCCGGGUGUUCGGGCAGGACGACACGUCGGAGGUGUGGCGGCCGAUCGAGAUGUUCGAUCAGAUCUGGCAGCACGAGCGGUAUAGUCGGGGCGCGUUGGCGCCGAUCACGGCGCUGGGGCAUUUGGCGCAGUACAAAGAGGUGUAUGGGCGGGCGGUGGGGAAUGUGCAUUUCGUGGGGACGGAGUAUAGUGCCGUCUGGAAGGGGUAUAUGGAGGGGGCGUUGUGGUCGGGGGAGAAGGGGGCGGAGGAGGUGGUGCAGGCCUUGAGCGGGAGGGGGAGGGCGGUGUUGUAG